CCUUGGUUUUCUUUCAAGCCAAGGCCAUAUAUUGGAGGAUUCUAUAUGAGAAUGAAGAUGGCUUUUACUUUUGGUGCACAACGAUUCAUUCUACUUGCAAUUGCAGCCUCUUUCUUGGUAGUUGGUGAGGCUAGAACCAUUGUUGUCGGAGGCUCAGAAGGCUGGCGUUUUGGCUUCAACUACACAGAUUGGGCUCUCAAAACAAGUCCUUUCUACCUGAACGAUAAAUUAGUAUUCAAAUAUGCACCCCCAAGUGACACCUCUGUUGCUCCAAAUGUCUACCUACUACCAAACCUAUUGAGCUAUUUGGCAUGUAACUUCAGUAGUGCGAAACUGCUGGCAAACGAAACACAAGGAAGUGGCGAAGGUUUUGAGUAUUUGCUGAACCGCUGGAGGCCUGCAUACUUUGCUUCUACUGCAGAGGAUGGCAGUCACUGCAGGGAGGGGCAGAUGAAGUUCUUUGCCAUUCCAUGGUGGCAUCCGAAUUAGUUAUCGAUGACCUUAAUGACGCCGAUCGAUGGCUUGAAAAAGACGCAGGCAGUGCUUGCUGUUUGUUGUUCAUCUGGUUUUAUUUGUAGGGUACAAAAACAUUCAAUCAUGCAGAUCAUCUGCAUGAUUAAUGCAUAUCAAUAAAUGGGUCUGUUCCCAAUUAGUUUGCUUUGGUUUUAAGUUUCGUACACUUUAUGGCUUUUAGGGAAACAAGUGUGAGAGGAAUAUUUGUGUUUCUUCUUGAUAUAUCAGCAUGAAUUAAAUAAAGCAGCCUUUGUUUUUAAA